AUGAAGACGACUCUGGUUCUCUUGCUCUGCGUCGCUGCCAUUGUGGCCACCGCAGCCGGGCCCUCAGGAGGCAGGGCGGAGGAGCGGUGCGAGCCCGGGACGGUCACCAACGACGGCUGCAACACCUGCACCUGCACCUCCACCGGCGUCAAGGCCUGCACGCUCAAGCUGUGCCUCGGCCCCAACAAACAUUUGCUGACGAGCUCUCCAGACAAAAACAUCAUGAAGUCCGUGAAAGUGUUACUUCUAGUUGCUUUUAUGUUAUUGCUAUCGCUGUUUGGUGCCCUGGCGUGUGUACCAAACACAACAUGGAAGCAAGACUGCAACACCUGCUUCUGCAGCGAGAAUGGCCAAGCCGCAUGCACUCUGAUGGGGUGUAUUUCACUACCCAAUAACCAACCCCUGUUGGUUAACAAUAGCGCAAUACCAUCAGGAAAUUAGCUCAUUGAUAGUAGUGCACUUCUUUUAAUUAAUUUUUUAAACCAUACAUAUUUUUAACUUUCGUUGACUAGAAAAUGUGAAUAAUUACAAACUAUUUAGGGCAAAAUAUAAACAUAUAGAUUUGCAUUUAUUUUCCAGCGUUAUCAAAGUAAAACGAAGAUAGAGAAUCACAGACACUAUUUAGAUGACAGAUUUCUCAAUGUCUUCUGUAGUGGAUUAGAGAUGUAUUUAUAUUGUAACAAAUAUUUACAUACAACUGUCGCCACCCAAUAAUGAUAAAACAUUUUUUUUUAUAUUUUUUAACAGAGGUGAUUUCGUCAGAAAUAUUCAGAGAUGCAAUUAAACUUUAAAAAUAGCUAAAACUAGAAUUUUAAAGUAGCUAACAUUUUAUGCCAAAUUUAAUAUUGCCUGCUUCAAAAAUAUGUUCUGAAAUAUUAUUAGAAUUAAUAAAAUAGUAAAAUUAUUUUUUUACCACCUUAAAAGCAGAAUGUAUGUAAACUUAAUGCGACUGUUGUACAAUUUACUUAAAAUAAAAUUUCCUCUUUCAAAUAUAUAGCUUUAAUUGUGUAAAAUCAUUAACAAUUUAAUCAUCUAUAAUGAAAUAUCAGGAUUAUCUUUCAACAAUGCUUGUAUUUGCUAUUAUUUUCCCUAAACAGAGAGCACAUAAUUAUUUAUAUUUUAAGUCAUUGUUAAUAAUCAUCUUUUCACAACUUUAAAAGUGAAAUAUAAAAAAAAUAAUUAUUAACGCAUUCAUUUACCUGGACUCACAUUCUAGAAGAGAUCUGAAGCACAGUUUGACCAUCAUUAUUUCUUUUUAACAUCGCGUUAAUUAAUCACUCCAGCCAUGGCCAAUUCUUCCCGUAAUUUUCCUAGGUCAAUAAAACACAAUGUCAUCUCAUCGAGGCAAUAACCUGUUUGGGCCGCUUGGGUAUUUCCGUAAAACAACGUAUUUGCCAUAACAUUGAAUGUAAGCAAACAAAAUAAAUCAUAUGAGUAUUUAAUGCAGUGAUUAUGUUAAUGCAAUGUAAAAUGUCUAAGACGCGCUGUACUGUUGAUAUGUAAUGUAUUACUUGACAAAAAAUUACAAUUAACUAAUUGGUGCACACAUUCACCAUACAGAGCCAAAACCUUAUUAUGUUAUAAAGUUAUGUGCAAGACGAUUGAAAAAAAGAUGUAUUUAAAGUGACUAUUAAGUUAAGGCAAUGUAAUUUCUUUUUUGUAACAUAUUCGGAACGAAGAUAAAAAAUAACCCCUAAAAUAGGUGUUUGGCACUGGUUAAUGUGUAUUGCGACAGCGAAUUAGAAGAGCGAAAACAUUUGGAAAACAUUUCAUCAAUUAUUUUAAAUAGAGAAAUGCUGUGGUAUUUUAAAGACGACACGUCGUAUAUGUAAAGUGACACCUACCAACAUUACACAUUAUCUUUCCUAAAAGUAUUACUUGAAGUUAAUGCAAAAUUCGUAUUAUUUUCUAGCGCGAGGCUGGAUUAUCUCGUCAUUAUACACUUCCACUACGUACCAUAGAUAGUAUUUUCACGCUCCAAAAGAAAAGAAACCAAAAAUACACACAAAUAUAUAAAUGAUUAAGUCACUAACAAUUAUGCCGGCAGGUAAAAUCUAAAAAGCAGUCAAUGUUUAGAAUCCUGCAACAUUCUCUUUAAAGUUGGACACGAGGGUAGAAUCCGCAAUAUUGUCAUAAUCAGGGCAGUUUGGUUUGUUAAUAGGCUGCUGCCAUGGUUCCUCGUGACUGGGUCAAAUCGUUUUGGCAAGUCCGUAACUGGCCAGUAUUCGUUUAAAAAGUGUCAAACAUCACAUUAUUAGAGACUGGUUCAGUGACCCUCAGGAUGGACUCCAAGUCAAGUCAAGUCAACUUUAAAUUCUUAAUUUUUUAACAAAAAAACUCAGAAAACAUUCUAAAAAAUAUAAAAAAGUUUACUUUAAAUAUUAAGUUACUUAAUCCACUCCAGUCUUCACUUCGAUUCCUGACAAGAGUAAAAAGGCGAUUUUAAAAUGAAAAAUUUAAAAAAAUUUAAUUACAAUUUAAAUAAGAUUUUAAUAAAAAAAUUAUUUGCAUAUAUAAGAAUAGUCAGGAACACAUUGAGAAAACUAACACAAGUUUCACCAGGAAUGACCAGACGCACUAGGAGAAAACCUACCAAAUAUUGGCAAAAAUAAUUAGGAGCACACCAAAAAAUCCAUUAAAAUAUUGACAUGAAUAAUUAGGAGUACACGGAGAAAAACACAAACGUUUUGCUAAAUUUAGAUCAGUGAAUCACAAAAAUUAUAAUUAAAAAUUACAAAACAACUUUUGACAGCUUGUGCUAAACCCUAGCCUAAGUAAACCUAGGAGACGUUUCAAGUAAUAUUUUAUGAUUUUUUUUUCUUUCGAAUUUCCAGUUAAAAAAUUACAGAUUUUCAAGAUGGUGACAAAGACGGCCGACAAGAUAAUAGAUUUCGCGACUGUUGACUGUUUGGUAAUACUACACUAUAGCUGAUUAAAAAAAAAACUAGUAUGGCGAACGCGCUCUCUAGCAGACAAAAUAAGAUGGCAGCCUCCAGCAGACGUCAUACUGGCUGAUGUGAUAUCCGCCUUGGUAUAGUGGUAGGAGGUCAGUCUGCCUGUGAUUUCUGUCGAGGAAGGAAUCAUCGCUACUUUUAACUGAACGACCACACCGAUUUCGAACCGAGGUCUCCAAACUCCAUGAAUUAAGUUUUUUUUAAUUUUUUUUUUUUAAGGUUUAUAUUUUUCCCCGAAUUUCUAGCAUAAAUAUUACGGAUUUACCUAAAAUGGCGGAGAUGAUAUCACUACCUAUUCAAAACGACGAAAUCCAAAUUAGCGGGUGUUAUGUAAGCCAAAGUUUUUAAUAAAAUUUCAUUUAGAAUGUAAUUAAAUAUUUUUUAAAUUUUGUAUUAAUACAUUACAUUUUUACUCUUUUCGGGAAACGAAGUGAGGUCAGGAAUAUAUAGAGUAACAAAACAUUUGAUGUAAACAAUUUGUCAUAUACUUUUUGGUAUUUUUUCUUAAUUUUUAGGUCAAAAAUUAAAUAAUUUCAAGUUUACAGUCAAGGUAAAGGUCAAAGUUCUCCUCCAGAGGCUUUUUGGUGGCUUGUCGAUAGGGAAAAUUAAGCUUCUAUGAGGAAUAUUUUUUUCAAGGAAAAAACAUUUUUAUAUCAUCCCAGAAAUUAGGAUAAGUAUACAAAUACAUAAUUUUAAUUUUCAAUGAAAAAAACAAAACUAGUUUGAUUUUCUAUCCAGGGAAAAGCUCUAGUUUGUGACAGUAAGUAUUAUAAUUUUUAACAUACCUAUUUAUUAAGCUAUAUAUAGGCUAACACUGGCAUUACUGUACCGUCACACAGCUACAAGCGAAACGAACUGGAACUUUUAGGUUACCUUAUACGAAGCGACGACGUGCGGCAGUUGAAAAACAAUGACCUCUCUUUCCCUGUGCCAGCAACCAUGAUUUUAUUUUUUUCUUCUUUUCAAGAAGUCUCUCCAGGCGCGUGCAUAGACAGGAUCCUUCCCGGCAGCAACGGCCAAUAUCAUUUUAAUUUUUCCUCUCGCAUGUGACUGUGUUUCCUAGUGACCUCACUGCGAAACAAACAUUUAUGGAGAUAAACUUGUUGGCAAGACAAACAUGACGUCUUUUGAACUCUAUGAACUAUGAGAGUCAAGUGAAUGCAAGUCCUCGGAUAUCUAAGACAUUCGCUGACAAGCGCUCCAGAUAAACUCAUCAUGAAGUCCGUAGAGGUGUUUCUGCUAGUUGCAUUGAUGUUACUGCUUUCGGUGUUUGGUGCCCUGGCGUGUGUACCAAACACAACAUGGAAGCAAGACUGCAACACCUGCUUCUGCAGCGAGAAUGGCCAAGCCGCAUGCACUCUCAUGCUGUGUCAAUCACACAUUCUCCCACCGCUGUGAGCCGGAACGACACAACAGCACCUAACAGCAGACAAUAAAGUUCAUUUACAGCAAUA